CGUCCUCUAUCCUCUCAUAAACAUAACAACCAUUCAUUAACAAUCUCUGUAGUGUCUAUCUAUCUAUCUAUCAUUUGCCUUUUUCCUUCCACACGUGAGAGAAGGAGCUGCUGCAUCGCAUUCAUUCAGGGACUAGUGUGUGCUCUUAUUGUUCCAUGACUAGUCAGGAUUUCUCUCCUCCCUACGUGGACGCAUCUCGUCCGUCCCUCGGAUUUCCUCUUGGCGCUGCCUUACUCUUCAUAAGCAUACUCAGCUUGAGUGGUGUUUUUUCUUGCUGCUAUCACUGGGAUAAACUAAGAUCAUUCCGCCGGCGCCGGUCUUCCUCCGAACACCCGGAUCCUGGGGCCUACAUCGAAACAUCACCCUCUAAAUCUAAGCUAUUCCAAAUGGAUUUGAAGCAAUACCACAACCAAGGGAUGCCUGUAGUGAUGCCUGGAGACGAUGUUCCAAAGUUCAUAGCAUUACCAUGUCCAUGUGAGCCCCCACGAGGCUCCGAGAGAGUUACUAUUGAAGUGCAAAAGCCGCCCAAGGCGCCGCCGCGGCUACCGCUGCUUGUGUAUUAGAAAUCGACCGUUCUGUGAAGGUACAUAUAAAAAAAAAAUAGGAAAAAGAAAAUUUAGAUCGAGAGGUUACUCCAGUAGAGAUUUUUAAUAGAGGUUAAUUUGUGCCACGUGCGGGCGACUUAUUGGAUAUUUUGUAUUGUUGUGUUGCACUGUGGUUUCGUGACUCUUAUAAUGUUUGAUAAUUAAUUAUUGUGUUUUUGUAAA